UUUAUUGCCCAUUAUCAUAGUCUAGGACUAAAUUACAUGGGUGGUCAGCAAAUAUAUAGGAAUUUAUACAUAUUUGUAAGUGACAAAUUGGGCAAGACGUUCAGUCCUAGGAAUCAGACAUUCACACCUAGUCGAGCCCGAGCGUAGCCCAUAGCCGUGGUCAACCCUUGAAUACCGGGGUAGCAGGUGCUCAAGAAAACCCGACGACUGUAUGCUUGAGAUGAUAAAACGGCACGCUUUAUCGCGGCAACACAAGGGCACGAAAUACGUGCCACAAGAGCUGCGUCGACUUGUGACAUUUUGUUACGGGGACAUUGCUUCUGUCAUUUCUUGAAUUCCUUGCCAGUAGCUGCAAGCUUCUCUGAUGACCUUACUUACAGGGCUUUAGUAAUUCAGGCAUAGAAGCAACGUCAUUGUGGUGUUCCUGUGGUUUCUGUUUUCCCGCCAAAAUACGUAAAUCGCGCGCGCGUUUUCCACCUUGAACGUCGAAACAAAUUUGAAAAUUUGUUACAGAUGAUAGCUUUUAUGGUGAUAUGAAAAGCUAAUCUACUUUCUAGUUCUCUUGUGAUAUUUGUUUUCGUUACUUUUGGGACAAACUGAUGUAAUACAACACACAAAAUGGGCUGAUCUGAGUUCCUUGAAAUUUGGGGAAAAAAUCAAGAGAUGAGCUGGCGAUUCAACUUAGAUUCCUCUCCGGAGAAUUUUCUCACCGAAAGUUUGUUUGAUUUGAAAGGAGAAAAUUAUGAAUCUACCGCUAAAGGGACAAACUAUUCCUACUCAACACCAGUAGAUAGCCAUAGAGAUACAACAAGUGUUCCUAUGAUUGCUCCACCAAAAAGUGUAGACGAUAUUUUCUCACAAUUAACACAAAACGACAUUUCUUCAACUCAAGAAUUCAACAAGAACUGUGCAAGGUUUGCCUCAAGAAAAUCAUCAGACUUUUCGACACCUUUCAAGGAACCUCCAGAUUUAAGCAGGGGUCUCUUAAAAAGUCUUAAUGCCACUCAGGGGGCUAAUGUUAGAAGAAGUGUUCAACUUGAUGACCCGCCGCAGUUGGAAAUUGAAGAAGAAGAAUUUCUCUACCCUGAAGACUCACCUGAAAUGUUCCCCUCCUCUGGUCAUGGAGACAGUCUUAUGGGCUCCUUUAACUUGCAAGAACACUUGCAAGAUUACCUGCCUAAAGUCAUGACUGGAAGGCAAGAUAGAUCAAACAUCUUCACAACAUCUCAACAGCAGAGUCACAACUAUGACAAUGCCAUGAGCACACCAAAUGCAAUGCUGAUUCCUGCCCAGACUCCAAGUUAUGCUGACAAGAGAGGAAUGCUGAAGUUGCGUUCAACAAUGGAAAUUCCUGAAAAUUAUAGAUCUGUGUUCAGUCAGUUUCCCUGCUUCAACAUAGUUCAAUCUAGAGUGCUGGAUGAGGUCUUUUAUACUGACAGACCGUUAGUCGUCUGUGCGCCCACGGGGUCUGGCAAAACAGUAAUCUUCGAGCUGGCAAUAAUUCGACUGAUAAUGAAAUCAGCAGAAGAUAUUCGCAGGACAAAAAUCGUCUACAUGGCCCCCAUGAAAGCUCUGUGUAGCGAGAGAUGCACUGACUGGGCCGCUAAGUUUGGACCAUUAGGGAUAAAGUGUAAGGAGGUCACAGGCGACAGUGAGCUUGACGAUUAUUUUGAAAUACGAGAUGUCAAUAUCGUCAUGACAACACCGGAAAAGUGGGACAGCAUGACUAGAAAGUGGAAGGAUAACCAGUCCCUUGUACAAAGCGUACAAUUGUUUCUUAUUGACGAGGUCCAUUUGUUAAAUGACGAGGAUCGUGGUGCCACUGUGGAGGCAGUAAUCAGUCGCAUGAAGACAGUGCAGACAAAUAUCACUAGAAACACCAACAAGCUGCAAUUCAAGGCUAGCAUGAGACUCAUUGCCAUUUCUGCGACCAUCCCAAACGUUGAAGAUAUUGCUGCAUGGCUAGGAAGCCUGAAACAUCCGGCAUCAAGUUACAGUAUGGAUGACUCAUAUCGCCCCGUGAAGCUGCGUAAAGUAGUUCUUGGAUUCCCGAUGCAUGCUAACAUGUCGGAAUUCAAAUUUGACCUUUCGCUGAAUUACAAAAUCAGUGGAAUUGUCCAUACCUACAGUGACCAAAAACCUACACUUGUGUUCUGCUCGACACGGAAAGGCACUCAACAAGCUGCAAGUACCCUCACCAAGGACGCACGCUUCAUUAUCAACUCCCAGCACCGCCAAAGGCUUCAACGGAUUGCAAAUUCACUGCACGAUUCAAAACUACGAGAGCUUGUGAUUUGUGGAGUCGGCUAUCACCAUGCAGGAUUGGACCCAACUGAUCGGAAGAACAUAGAGGCUUUAUUUGUAAAAGGAGAUCUCCCCGUUCUAUUUGCUACCAGCACCCUUGCUGUCGGGGUGAACUUGCCAGCUCACCUCGUGAUCAUAAAGUCAACGCAAUGCUACGACAAGGGUGUCUAUGUCGAGUAUUCAGAAACUCAAAUCUUGCAGAUGAUUGGCAGAGCAGGAAGACCCCAGUUUGAUACGUCAGCUACUGCUGUUAUCCUGACAACAACCACGAAAAAGGACAAGUAUUCUUCGCUACUACAUGGCACGCAGCAGAUCGAGAGCAGCUUACACCGUCACUUGAUAGAGCACUUAAAUGCUGAGAUUGUUCUACACACUAUCACGGAUGUUUCUGUUGCUCUUGAGUGGCUCAAGUCAACAUUUCUGUUUAUCCGAAUUCAGAAGAACCCUACGUAUUAUGGUAUUCCUGAGGGAUUGAAGAAAGAAGCUCUCGAACAUAAACUUCAAGAUAUGUGCAUCCAGAAUUUAAACACUCUUGAAAGAUCCAAUCUCGUCAAGAUGGAAGAUGGGUUUGACUUGAAACCAUCAGAACCUGGUUGUCUGAUGGCGCGGUACUAUAUAGCGUUUGACUCAAUCAAGGAGUUCCUGGCGAUACAAGGUACCGAGACCCUCAGUGACAUGGUUAUUUUGCUAUCAAAGUGCAAAGAGUUUGCCGACGUCAAGUUGCGUGUAAGCGAGAAGCGCAUUCUAAACACACUCAACAAAGACAAACACAAGGCAACUGUAAGGUUUCCAGUGAAUGGGAAAAUAAAGACGACAGACCAAAAGAUCAAUUGCCUAAUUCAAGCAACUCUUGGCUGCCUUCCUAUCACCGAGUUUUCUCUGAACCAGGAUGUUACGAAAAUAUUUCGGUCGGGACAGAGAGUAACACGUUGUUUGAUGGAGCUCUUAAUGCUGCGAGGGGACUACAGAGCACUACAAAACGCUAUUCUCGUGACCAAAUGCAUGAAAUCAAGGUUAUGGGAGAAUUCCCUCUAUGUAUCAAGGCAGCUAGAAAAAGUUGGCAUGACACUAUCAACGAUGCUGGUCAAUGCUGGUCUGACUACUUUCAAGAAAAUCGAAGAAACGAACCCACGUGAAAUAGAGCUGAUCGUAAAUCGUCACCCUCCUUUUGGGAGUCAGAUUCGUGAUGCUGUGCUGGCAUUACCUAAAUACGAGGUAUCAGUAGAGCAGAAAGGCAGCUACACCCCCCUUCGCGCUGAGCUAGUACUUACGGUUACCAUGACAAACCAUGUUAAACGACAGGAUUCGACAGGAUCGCGUCGCAAUCAGCAUUUUUGUAUUCUGUUGGUCGGAGAUGCUGAUAACCGAGUUGUCUGCAAACAGCGCCUUGGAGACUCCGUGCUGCUGAGAGAAGGUGCUUGGAGCAGGAGGUUAGAUGUUCGCCGCGCCAGCAAGUCACCACAGCUGAACAUCAGUGUUAUCAGCCAGGACUAUGUUGGACUCGACGUCAACACGACAUACACCCCUUACUACAGUGGAUCAUACUUCCCAACCGUCCAAAAGCCACUCGCGAUCCCUAAAACAGAGAACAAACAGCCGUCAGAACCAGCAGCCAACACCAAGACUUGUAACCACCGUUGUCUAAACAAGGAAAUGUGCGGACAUGAGUGCUGCAAACCGGGAAUCGGCGCCAAGAGCAAACGAUCUGAGAAACGGAAAGAGAUGUCGGCGCUGCCUCAACCCAUGCCCUUCAAGCGAAAGUAUGAACGAGAGGACAAUAAAAUGAGCAACUCUAUAAGCCAGCUGCACAAGAGGACUUAUGCUAUCCCCCGGACACCCUCUGCCACACGACUGAAGAUUCCCGUGAGCUGCCAGCCCCCGACAGCUGAUGAUAUGUUCAAAACCGUUGCCGAGAACCUGAGCGAGAGAUUUACUUUCACUCGUACACCACGGUGGCUACCCCAGCGUGACUUGGCGCAACAGGAACAAACACCCGAGGGUGACCCGGGACAACAGAACAGAACGUCGCAGCAACGCCCCCAGUCAGUCAACCAGGUAUAUCACCGACAAGGUAACAACGUUAAAGCGACAAGGAGGGAGAAUGACUGGGAUGAAAUCGAACUCCUCCAGAAGACACAAGAAAAGCGACUAGAAACAGGCCUUGGAGACGAUCUCACGUGGGAUGAUUCCCCCUCCUUUGAGGAUGACCAUUUGCCUUCGUUAAACGACUAUGGAAUGUCAUCAUCGGCUCUCUCAAAACCUAAGACAGUGGCAGCAACUGCCUCUGAUUGUCAGAUGUCGCCAUACUUCGAAUUCAGUCUCCAGGAUCGAACCAAGUCAUCUUAUUUUUCGAGCCCCGUUCAAACCACACCCGAUCCAGGGAGAAGCGACAUGAGGUUCUCAGGGCUAUGUACGCCCAGAGAUUCCCAUAGAGAGCCAAACAUAAGGGGGCCCGCACCCGAACCAGGACAGGCCAACAGAAUACAGAAUUCAGUGAGUUCCUCUCGUAUGUUCCAGAAAGGAAACCUCAGCAGACCCAUGAGGGUCCCUCCUCCCCCACCCACUCCUGGUUGGAACGACUUUGCGAUCGAUUCUCCACCCAGUGGUAUAAAGCAUAGGAUCACAGUGGACGACAAAUAUGUCUUGCCUGACCCAACUCGGAGAGGCCCUAGUGAAACAAGAACAACUAAGCGCGAAACGAGUCAUGAAGCAAUCGUUGAGGAAAAACAAGUAUCCGAGCCGAUAUUGGUGCUAGAUGAUGACACAGUUAGUAGAUGCGAUGAGACUUUAAGGUCAGAACAAGACUACGAAGAUUAUGAUGCAUUCAGCGAGAUCUUCCAAGGGAUGCUCUGACGACGAUUGUUUUAUUUAUAUUAUUUCACACCUUAUCGUUAAUAUCACAUUUUUAUUCGCUAUUUAUAUGCAAUAGGGGAGACCCUAUUUAGCUAUAAAAAAUCAUAGCUGUUAUUUUUUCUGUACAAGUCUGUGAUGACUAAUAACGUUGGGUAAAUCAGUUCACAAUUUUGUUUUGAUAGCGAAUGAUUUUUAUCCUUCACCACGAGUAAUUAGAAUGUAUUUCACGAGUUAAUAUAAAAACAUUCUUGAAUA